AUGAAAGCAAACAGAGCAGUUGUUGUGGCCGUUGCAUCUGCUGCUACAGGUACUGUGAUUCUGGCGGGAAUAUGUUUCUGGUUUUUCUAUAGAUUCAUGAUGGCUCGGCACCGCAGAAAGAAUAUGUUGGGGUCAAGUUUUCGUCGAGAAAAUUCUGGUUCGGUGACUCUCCAAGAGUUCAGGGGAGUUGGUGUGAAAGGGGUUAUUGUGGAUGAUAAUGGGUUGGAUUUUAUUUACUUGAGACGGUUCGAUAAUGGACAGGUUACGAGCUGUUUUUCAAAGAUAUGGGUGAAUCCCAUGGAAGAAGAAGAAGAAGAGGAGAAGAGGGUAGAUGGUAGAGGAGAGAAGCCAACAAGUGUUCCUAAGCACAUUCAAGAAGCCCCAUUACUUCAACAUCAAACCAAUUUGGACUUUGCAAAAGAAGAAAAGGCUUUAGAGGAGUCACCUUCGCGUGUCAAGAAUGUUCUUCCCCAGCCACCGCCACCACCACCACCACCACCUCCGCCACCACCUCCACCCCCAACGCCACCUCUUUCUCCGCCAAAAAGAAUUGCCAAACCUCCAGCAAUGCCAGGGAGAACAAAGCCUUCCGCUCCACCUCCUCUGCCCCUGUCCUUGAAGCCACCUGGAGAAAAAGGAAGCAACCAUGGUAAAGAACAAGCUUCAACAGAAGGAAACGCAACACAAAACUGUGAAAUCCAGAUCAAACUGAAGCCACUGCAUUGGGAUAAGGUUAUUACUAAUGCUGAUCAUUCAUUGGUAUGGAAUGACAUUAACAGUGGAUCUUUCCGAUUUGAUGAUAAACUUAUGGAAGCUCUCUUUGGGUACAAUGGCACUGAUUCUCAGAAAUCCCCUCAAGGAACAAGCUCAGGUGGUGCAAAGCCUCCACCUUCUAAAAUCUUCAUUCUUGAUCCUCGGAAAUCACAAAAUACAGCAAUUGUAAUCAAGUCUCUUGCAAUCUCACGCGAAGAAAUCCUUGAUGCCCUACAUGAAGGAAAAGGACUCUGUGCUGAUACCCUUGAGAAACUCACCAAGAUUUGCCCGACAGAAGAAGAAACAGUGAAAAUACUCCAAUUCCAUGGCGACCCAUCCAAGCUUGCUGAUGCCGAGUCUUUUCUCUACCACAUCUUGAAAGCAGUCCCCUCUGCUUUUACCCGCUUCAAUGCCAUGCUGUUCAGGUCCAACUACGAUCCAGAGAUUCUUGGCCUCAAGGAGACUUUGCAAACGCUUGAACUGGCCUGUAAAGAAUUAAAAAGCCGUGGAAUUUUCUUGAAGCUUCUGGAAGCCAUUCUCAAGGCUGGUAACCGAAUGAAUGCAGGGACUGCUAGAGGAAAUGCUCAAGGGUUCAACCUUAACUCCCUCAGGAAACUUUCCUAUGUGAAGAGCAAUGAUGGGAAGAUAACUCUACUUCACUUUGUUAUUGAGCAAGUGAUUCGAUCAGAGGGUGAGCGUUGCUGUACCAAUCAGAAAAUUACGGUUAGUGGACAUGACCAAACGGGCAACAACACAGAUGAACAGAACUCAAGUAGAGACUGGGAGUACCUGGCACUAGGACUGCCAGCAUUGAAAAGUCUGAGCACUGAAUUCUUGAAUGUAAAGAAAGCUGCAGCCAUUGACUACAAUACUUUCAUGACUACAUUUUCCACCAUAGAAGUCCGGGUCAAUGACAUCUGCGAGCUUCUGACACACUGCAGAGAUGGCGAAAGAACAGAAUUCAUGCAGGUGAUGAAACAGUUUGUGGAGGAAAGCAACGAGGAGCUUAAAGUUGUGAGAGAAGAACAAAGAAGAGUAAUGGAGCUGGUGAAGAGAACAACAGAAUAUUACCAAGCAGGAUCUUCAAAGGAUAAAGAAAUGCAAUCGCCACUUCAACUGUUUAUUAUUGUGAAGGACUUUCUGGAAACGGUUGAUACUGUUUGUGUUGAUAUCACUAAGAAAUUGCAGAGGAAGAAGGUGGCGGGCGCUGAAUCUUCCCCACCAUUGUCUCCUAGACUGGGAACCCCCAUGAUGUUCAAAAACUUGGAUGCAUUUUUCACACCAAAAAAUCAAGGAACAUUAUCCUGUGAAUCAGAUGAUGACUUCAGAUGAACAAUCAUGCUCAUGUAGAAUUUGAUUAAGAUAGUGGAAAUAGAAAGUCUGUGUAGUUCUGACUUCCAAUCAUUGUAAGUUGAUAUAAUAAAUUCAAAUUUUGAACAUCACCC